AUGGCGCAAGAAGAGGGCAGAAGACUGCCCAAGGUGCGGGCUCGAGUGGGGGCUUCCCACGGUAUCACCGACCUGGCCAGAAAGCUCCAUUUCUAUGAUUCCUGGGCCCCAGACUACGACCAGGACGUGGCCGCCCUGCAGUACCGCGCACCUCGCCUCGCAGUGGACUGCCUGACCCAAGCCCUUCCAGUCCCGCCCCACACCGCGCUGAUCCUGGACGUGGCUUGUGGCACCGGCCUGGUAGCUGUCGAGCUGCAGGCCCGGGGCUUCAUCCAGGUGCACGGGGUGGACGGGAGCCCCGGAAUGCUGGAGCAGGCUCAGGCUCGAGGCCUUUACCGGACCCUUGACCUCUGCACCCUGGGACAGGAGCCUCUGCCCAGCCCUGAAGGGACUUUUGAUGCAGUGCUGAUGGUGGGCGCCCUCAGUGAUGGCCAGGUGCCCUGCAGUGCGGUACCUGAGCUCCUGCGAGUCACCAAGCCAGGCGGGCUGGUGUGUCUGACUACCAGGACCAAUCCAUCCAACCUUCGAUUUAAGAAAGCGCUGGAGGCCGCGCUGGACAGCCUGGAGCAGGCUGGGGCCUGGGAACGCCUGGUGGCCUGGCCGUGGACCAGUGGGAGCUGGCCACCUCUGAGCUCGAGUUGGCACCUGGCACCUCAGCUGGUGAAGGGUUCAUCUCAGGCAUCGUCUACCUGUACCAAAAGCAGGAGGCAGCCCAGGGUGAGGCGGUGA